AUGGCCAUGUGGCGGAUGGGGCUUCCUGUUUUGGCCCUUCACGGUCGGCCUUGCCCCCGUUUCUCCGCAGGAUCCAUGACACGCUCACAUGGAAUUGCCGAUCGAGUCAGAGCUUUCGGUACCUACUUCAUCGGCGUGCAGGACCGCUGCAUGUACUCGCACACGUUUCACUUUGGUGGGAGUGAGCCUUUCACUACGGGCUGCACCGCCGUGAUCCAGGUCAAAGUCUUCGGCAGGUCUCUGGGAGAAGGUGAUGUGUUGAUGGACAUCAGUGUGGGCCAGCGGUUGCUCCGAGACAUCAUGAUGCGGUACGAUCACAAGAACCUGGACAUGCUCGAAGAAUUCCAGAACCCCCGACGAAACACCACAGUGGAGGUGAUGGCAGAGGCUAUCCACAGGCAUUUCUUAUCUGGGCUGAAGCAGUACUGGGCGCAGGAACUCGCUGGAGGCAAAGUGUUGGGCUGCAUCUCCAAAGUCGAGGUGCUCGUCAAGGAGAGCGACGUCGCGUACGCUGGUUUUGAAGAAGACGUCGAUGUGACUAGCUGGGGUGCAGAAUGA